AUGGGUGAUGUUGAGAAGGGCAAGGAGAUUUUUGUUCAGAAGUGUGCCCAGUGCCAUACUGUGGGAAAGGGAGGCAAGCAUAAGACUGGGCCAAAUCUCCAUGGUUCAUUUGGGCGAAAGACAGGUCAAGCCCCUGGAUUUUCUUACACAGAUGCCAACAAGAACAAUGGCAUCACCUGGGGAGAGGAGACACUGAUGGAGUAUUUGGAGAAUCCCAAGAAGUACAUCCCUGGAACAAAAAUGAUCUUCGCUGGCAUUAAAAGGCAGGGGAAAGAGCAGGCUUGAUAGCUUAUCUCAAAAAAGCUACUAAGGAG